ACCAGAGUGCAGUGCAAAGGCGCUUUAAGUCAGCUCCGCCAUUGACUGGACUCUGCGGCAGGGCUUAAGCCCACUGAGAUCCAUAAGCGAUUAACCCAAUAUAGCCGGAAAGUUUUCAUAGGGAAUUGAACAUCAAAUAUACUAUAUAUAGUAUAGUAUCCAUUGGAAAAGAAAUACCUUUCUAAAGCAAAUUAAAGGGUUCCUAUUAGACCAGAUUUAAUAACAAAAUCUGGCAACUGAUGUUGCAUACCAAUGAUCAACAUAGCAUUAUUCAAUUGACUUCCCCUAGAUCCAGUGAUCUGUCGUUGUGGCCACCAGUGGGUUAAGCCAGCUGCCACAUGCGACUGGAGCAAGUGGGGCAAACUGGGCAACUGAGGCAACUGAGGCAACUGAGGCGAGUGGAGCAGGCAAAACAGCUCGCUGGGGAACUGUAAAUCACGUCGAGCGCAGAGCGCAAAUUGGUUAGUGAAACACAUGAACCAUUCAUCAGGAGGAAAAACGCGGGGAGGAGCAGAGGACCCGCACACUCACACACAUGAGCUGGCAGCCGACUAAAUUCGCGCUUUUGAAAAAUGAAAGCAACUGCAAAAGUACAGGAACACACGCAGAUUUGCGAAAGUAGCAAAUGUAAUCUGCAGGGGGCUAAAGAACGCGUGGAUUCGGAGCGGAAGAUGCAGGGAAAUCAUAUUAUCCUCAGGUGGAACUAGUUGCCCCUACCCGGAGGAACACAGAGAGAAAAUCACAUGCAACCAAGUAAUGUCUCGAUUGGUAGGAAAAUGUUUGUCCCUGAAAUCGAGUGCUUGUCUUAGAAUGGGAAAUCUCCUCACCAAUAAUCCCUAUACCUUCGAAUCCCAGAUUAUUUUCUGUGUGCACUAGCCACACAGCAGGCAGGAAGUUCUAUCCAACUUUGCUCAACUUGAGUCAAGUCACCGCUUUCUUCACUGAGCUCCUGCUUGCCUUCAUACCGUCUAGGAGCACAAAUUGAAAGGAAAACACAUCCUGGCUUCCUGAAAAGGCUGCAGCAGCGCAGGAGCAACAACAAAAGCGGAAAAAUCAGGAUGAGCUGCAGCGGCGCUGAAAUGCAGCAAAUGAAAUUUUCCAAGGCCGAAGCGAUCGAAGCGAAAUUGAAAAAGUAAUCAUAAAUAUUGCAUGCAGCUUGGUUGGGCUCUCCGCCAUCUAUUUUUUAGUUUUUAGUCGCUUUCAUUUUGCUGCUCUUUCCCCCCUUUUUUUGCCGAUUAAGCGGCGUAAAGUAAAAAAUAUGCAGGCGGCCCGGUUAAGUAUACGCCGCGUGAGCUCUGCAAAAUUGAGCCCGAAAUGCGCACAAAUGCCGCUUCAUGUCAUUCCAGGCUCAGAUCCGGAUGGAAAUGAGUCGGCGUGGCGAUGGCUUUCGGUUCGGAGAGUGAGGAUGCCAUAUUUACACGGCACUCCACUUCUAUAGGGAUGCCGCCGCGGGCAAGGAAUAUUCUAAAGCGCUUCGUGUGAAAAUAAUUUCACGGCGGAAAACAAGGUUACGGGGCUAAAGGCAGGUCUCACGACUUUUGGGUUAUCUAGUAAUUUGAAUAAGUAUAAUCCGCUUGAUAUUGUUGAGCCCAUUUCUAUUAGCUGUUAAAAUCGAUUAAAUGUAAAUAUUCGGAAGUAUUUUAAAAUCAAAUUGACUAUUUGACGUAAUUGUAGUUGAUGUUUACAUUUUAAGACCAAAGCGUUUCACAAUUACAAAAUAACAAUUGAAAAUUUCAUAAACAGAGAACACAAAACAAAUAUAGGUAACUGCUAGGUGACGCACUUUGGGUAAAUUAGUCACUGCUAAACAGUAAACAUUUUCCCCAAGCAUUCAACUCUCUUUGUGUCUGGUUUUCGGUUUUACCAAAAUACCGCAGACGUUUGUUUGAUUUCUGUGACGACGCCCCAGCAGCAGCUGUUUUUCAAGAAAUACGUUUGGGCCUAAUGGAAAAUUUGGACCAUAUAAAGGGGCUUUGGCUGUGGGAAGAGUCAUUACAACUCGAGUUUUCACACAGCAAAGCCAAACUAACAGAGAGAAAAUGCGUUCCUACAUUCUGAUUGCCCUCUUCGCCCUGAUUGCACUGGCUGCUGCUCAAGGCGGACCACAAGGUGGACAGCAGGGUGGCCAGGGAGGGCCUCAAAAUGGUCAGCAAGGAGGCCAGCAGGGAGGACCCCAGGGAGGACAACAGGGAGGCCAGCAGCAGGGAGGUCCUGGCGGUCCAUGGGGUCUGCCUCCGAAUGGAACCGAACUCUCCAACAGUACCACCUCCACUUCGACCACUGAGGCUAGCACCACUGAAUCCAGUUCCACUGACGUUUCCUCAUCAUAGGAUGCCCAACAAAAACUCUAGUAUUAAUCGAUCCUGUAUAUAGCUAUAAAAUACCUAACCAAAAUGUCCUAUUAAAUAUAUAAGCUUUAAAAGUGAAAA